CGGAACGAUGAGUGGGUUUCCACACAGCGCCUCUUGCCGGAGCUCUCGGGAACUCACGCAUUCGCCUCACACUGAGAGGAUUCGCACGUUGCCAGCAGCGAGCUCUAGGCGGCGUCAUCCCUCCGGCCGGGACGAAGCACGCACGCGCGGAAGUUCGCACGCGGGAAGGGCGGGUGUGUACCGUGAGCAUGCGCCCUGCUGAGAGAGACGGCGGCUCGGCGGGGUCAUCCGAGCGCAGGCGCAGUGCGGUGUUUGUCUGCGGGACUGACGGGCGGCCGGGCGGUGCGCGGCGGCGGCGGGGAAGAUGGCGGCGUCCUCCCUGGAGCAGAAGCUGUCCCGCCUGGAAGCAAAGCUGAAGCAGGAGAACCGCGAGGCCCGGCGGAGGAUCGACCUCAACCUGGAUAUCAGCCCCCAGCGGCCCAGGCCCACCCUGCAGCUCCCACUGGCCAAUGAUGGGGGCAGCCGCUCACCGUCCUCCGAGAGCUCCCCGCAGCACCCCACGCCCCCCGCCCGGCCCCGCCACAUGCUGGGGCUCCCGUCAACCUUGUUCACACCCCGCAGCAUGGAGAGCAUCGAGAUUGACCAGAAGCUGCAGGAGAUCAUGAAGCAGACGGGCUACCUGACCAUUGGGGGCCAGGUACCGCCCUUCCCUCGGCCCCCCCCAGGGAGGGUGGGCAGGACGCAGCUGGUAGGUCUGGGCUGGGGGUGGAGGGCAGAAGCCCGGUGGACCCCCAGCCCUGGCUCUCCUCGCCAGCGCUACCAGGCGGAAAUCAACGACCUGGAGAACCUGGGGGAGAUGGGCAGCGGCACCUGUGGCCAGGUGUGGAAGAUGCGUUUCCGGAAGACGGGGCACGUCAUCGCUGUCAAGCAAAUGCGGCGCUCGGGGAACAAGGAGGAGAACAAGCGGAUCCUCAUGGACCUGGACGUGGUGCUCAAGAGCCACGACUGCCCCUACAUCGUGCAGUGCUUCGGGACCUUCAUCACCAACACGGACGUCUUCAUUGCCAUGGAGCUCAUGGGCACGUGCGCCGAGAAGCUCAAGAAGCGGAUGCAGGGCCCUAUCCCUGAGCGGAUCCUGGGCAAGAUGACAGUGGCGAUCGUGAAGGCACUCUACUACCUGAAGGAGAAGCACGGCGUGAUCCACCGGGACGUCAAGCCCUCCAACAUCCUGCUGGAUGAGCGGGGCCAGAUCAAGCUCUGCGACUUCGGCAUCAGCGGCCGCCUCGUUGACUCCAAAGCCAAAACGCGGAGCGCAGGUUGCGCUGCCUACAUGGCACCUGAGCGCAUCGAUCCCCCAGACCCCACCAAGCCCGACUACGACAUCCGGGCCGAUGUGUGGAGCCUGGGCAUCUCCUUGGUGGAGCUGGCGACGGGACAGUUUCCCUACAAGAACUGCAAGACGGACUUUGAGGUCCUCACCAAAGUCCUACAGGAAGAGCCCCCGCUCCUGCCCGGUCACAUGGGCUUCUCGGGGGACUUUCAGUCCUUCGUCAAAGACUGCCUUACUAAAGAUCACAGGAAGAGACCAAAGUAUAAUAAGCUACUUGAACACAGCUUCAUCAAGCGCUACGAGACGCUGGAGGUGGACGUGGCGUCCUGGUUCAAGGAUGUCAUGGCGAAGACCGAGUCGCCGCGGGCGAGCGGGGUCCUGAGCCAGCACCACCUGCCCUUCUUCAGGUAGCCGCACAGCCCACUGGGGGCCGGAGGCGUGGCCACCGGCCUCCCCUUCCCCACCCGGCCACCCAGCUGCCCGCCAGGGGAGCCCUGGGACCUGGACGGCCGCCGAGGGCUGAGGACAGAAAGUAGGGGGCGCCGACCCACCCCUGACUCCCUGCCCACCAGCCGUGGACAGAUGGGCCCGCCAGGCCCCAGCCCUUCCCGUCCCAGGAUCAGCCGGCUGUGCGCAUCCCCCCCGACAGACACUGUGAACGGAAGACAGCAGGCCGCGAGCAGACUCGCUAUUUAUUCAGUUGUAACCUCUGGGCUGGGGCGGCCCCCGGGGGCCGGGAGAGAGCCGCCCGUCCUGUCCCCGCCCCUCCACACCGCGCUGUCCCGCUGCCGCCUCGCACGCACAUGCACCCUGGCUCCGUCUCCCUCUCUGUCCCCUCCCUCUCUACCUCUCUGGCUUUCCCUGUCUCCCUCCCUGCCUCUGCCUCUCUCCUGGCCCAGGCCCUGCCACCCCCGGCGGCACCCCUGGGUCCGUUUAGGUCUCUGGCAAGCCAUGAGUCAGUUGGCUGGCGUCCUCGCCCUGGGCAGGCAGGCUGGACGUUGUGACUGCAGCCAGACCCGGGCUGGUCUCUCUCUCUUUCUCUUUUUGAUCUCAGGGGGUCCUUUUUGGAGUUUAUCGUAUUUUAUUGUACUUGGUGGGGUGUUUGGGGGGUGGGGGGAGGAGAAGAGCUUGUUCUCAUGGGGUUUGUCGGUACCUUCAGAAACUUUUACCAAAGUCAUGUUUAGCUGCUUGUGGCAGCCCCCCCCCCGAUGGCCCAUGGGCGCUGGGGGGCUGGGGGCCGAGCCGUGGGGGCCUGGGCCACCCCGCCAGGGAGAGACUAGUCCCAAAGGUGGGCUCUCUGGGGGCGGGGUGCUGCUCCCUCGGGGCUGGAGACUGGCCACAGCUUGUAGGGGUGAGUUGAGGACCUCGGGGGGUGUGGAGGGAGCCCAAGGGGCCGUGGCCACACAGGGUGGCCUUCAGGGAAGGCAGGCGUGGGGCAUGGUGGAGGGCAGCAGGUGCCGGUGAGGCAGAGGCAGAGGAGGGAAUGGGUGACAGGAGCGGGGCCCAUGGGGCCUGGGGAGGCAGGGAUUGAGGGCACGUGGAGUGGACGUGGGGGUCUGAGGAUGUGUGACAGGGACAGAGGUGGGGCAGGCCGAGGGCUGGGGGUGUGGAGGCAGUCACGCCCUCGUAGUGGCCCUGAGCACCCCUCGACUCACCCAGAGCUGGCCAGUCCCCAGCCCACGCUGAGGCCCCGGCCCCGACAUCCCCGGGGCCCUGGGGAGCAGCCAGAGCAGGAGGGGGUGUGUUUCCUUUUUGUUGGUGAUGCAUGCAAAUCAAGUGGACAACGAAAUAACAGAACAAAAAAAAAAAAAGAAAAAAGAAAAAAAAACUCCAGAAAAACCACAAAAAGCAACCAACACCAAAGGUGAGGAAGUUCGCUGGAUGUAGCUGAAGCAAUCUAGACUAGGCAUCACUGUACCCUCCAUCUAUCUCACUGACUGUAGUUACUAGGAUAGUCACAAAACGCCGCAUGUUUUAAAAAGUACUCGAAGUCAUCUUUUCUCUGUCCCCCCUCUGGGGGGUGGCCACCUUCUCUCGCUCCAAUCCCCUUUGUGAGGGGAGUGGGGCAGGGUGCGGGGCCAGUAGGCCUGGCCCCCGCCCUCCCUCAUGGGCCCCAGCCACAGGGGCCUUUGUGGGUAGCCGGGAAGGUCGCGUGGCUGGCCCCAAGGGCCAGCUGCCUGAGUUUAUUUUUAUUUAACUUUCUGUUCUGUGAGUGUGUGUCGGCCCGUUCCCCCUCCCCGCCUUCAGUGUUAAAUGGGAGCCUCUCCUUCCCCCCUGCCUUUCCCAUGUCUCCCCCCCCACCCCGCCAGUCACCAGUCACCAGCCAUCCCUCUCCAUCAGGCAGAGGGUGAAGUGGGCAGGUGGGGCCUGGGGCGGCCUGGGCCCAGCCCAUGGUCCACAGCCCCUUCUCAGGCCGCCAGUACUGCCCCAUCCCUUUUUAAAACGAAACGCCCUCGUUUGUAAAUCCUUAGACGCUUGAGAAUAAAACCCCUCCCUUUU